AUGUCUGACGGAGUCACCAACCCUCACGGCGAGGAUUCCUUUGCUGAGAGCAAGGGCAAGGGAAAGGCCGUUCAGGACGAAGUUCCUCACGACACCGCCAUGGAUGAGGAUGACGAUGAGGACGACGACGACGACGAUGAUGAAGAUGAGGACGGCUUGGAAGAAAUUGACCUGAACAACAUUGUCGAGGGUGGCCGCCGCACUCGUGGUGCCCAGAUUGACUACGCCAGGGCCGCUGAGCAGACCCCCAUGGAGGACGACGACGAGGAUGAGGAUGACGAGGACUUCCAGCCUGCCCAUGAGGACACCGAGAUGGACGGUUAA